AUGUCUCUGUUUUCUUUUCUUUUUCCCCUCUGCACAGGUCACAAUGCUGAUGAUGUGGCAGAAACUGUUUUGAUGAACGUCUUGCGAGGGGACAUAGCUCGGCUGCGCCGCUGCACCACCAUCUCAACGGACAGCGAGAACGAAGGGGUCGUGCCACGCUGCAAGCCCCUUAAAUACGCUUAUGAAAAAGAGAUUGUUCUGUAUGCUUACUUCAAGAAAUUAGACUACUUUUCUACUGAGUGUAUCUACUCUCCUAAUGCUUACCGUGGCUAUGCAAGAACCUAUUUAAAGGAUCUGGAGAGUGUGAGGCCCAGUUCGAUCAUGGACGUUAUUCACUCCGGUGAGAACCUGUCUGUGCGCGAGGGGGUAAAGAUGCCUGUCCAGGGAACCUGCAGCCGGUGUGGCUACAUCUCCAGUCAGAAACUGUGUAAGGCAUGUGUGCUGUUGGAGGGGCUGAACCGAGGUCUGCCAAAGCUGGGAAUAGGCAAACACCACCGCUUCCAUGAUAAAAUCCUCUCCCAGCAGCCACUUACAGAGGAGGAGGAGAGAAAGCUGAAAGCAGUAGACUUUUGAAUCAUAAAUAAUGUUUUUUUUUCCUUUAGAAUAAAUGACAUUUGUUGUCUUUUAUAGGAGAGCGAUCAAAUCUUAUCUUUCCAUUUCAUAUCAUUGAAGUAUUUAUUGACUGUUUAUAUGGAAUUUUAAUUUGAAAUGCUAUGUAGACUUUUUACACUUUAUACAAAAGUGUGUGACCAGCUGCUUUUGUUGUCAUUUGCCAUCUAAAAAAAGACACAUUUGAAGGUGCAUUUACUUUAUUUUUGUAUGUCCCAGUGUACCAACCUUUGGGGAAGGGUCUGAUAACAGUUAUGGUCAUACUUCAAAGUAUUUUAUGAUCUAUAAUAAAUGCAUUGAUCUUUAUCUUAAAACUUGUCCCAAAAACUUGA